UCAAGUCGUACUUCAAAGAUGAAUUUGAAUAAAGAAAGAAAAGUCUAUGGAAGAAAUGGACAACUAAAGAAAAGCUUCAUGACUGUGAACAGAUCAAGAAUCAGGAGAAGUCUCUGUGUUGAUAUUGACAGCAAAGUUCUCAAGAACUCCAUAAUGCUACCUAAAUUAAGAGAUCCUUCUAUAAGCAUGCAAAAGCAGUUUGAAACCAAUCAGAUGGUUGUUAAACAAAAAGCCUCACCAAAAGGAUCGGUUAAGAGAAGCUCUAUUCAAAUAGGCUUUGAAAACGAAAGAACUCUAAAAGUUAUUGCUACCUUCAAAACCUUCCUUGUGAGGAAAGGAUAUAGAGCUUUCAGAGAUUUUGUGAAGGCUAAAACACUCCUUCUGGGAGGUAAACAUUCGAAUAAGGAACGCAAUAUUAAGAAGUUCUGAAGGGAGAAAAAGUGCAGCUAUGAGAUCAUCUACAACAUUUUGGCUAACAGAAAGAUGAGAAUAUAUAUGAAGCCAUUUCAAAGGAAAGAAUCUUUGAAUUGUAUUCCUAAGUACAAAAACUUUAAAGUAUUCCGGAAAAUGAACAAAAGAGAUAAGAUAAAGCCUGGAGAGGAGUGGAAACACACACAGAUGUAUCUUGGUGCUCAUCUGUCUCCCUCUUGCAUGCCUUCUCCAAUGCAAGUCCCCUCGACAACAAAGCCGAGGAAGAAGAGAGUGCUAGAAUUCCAGUCUCCUUCGAACUCUAAGGGAAAUAUCACUUUUCUGGGACUUGAGAGAAGGAAGUAUAAAAACAAAAGAGAUAUAUUAAUGACUAAGGCAAUUAAAAAGCCUUACAUUGGUAUAAAAAAGUCAAAUUCAUCAGUGAAGGAAUUUAAGGUCUGUGUCCUACCUCCAGUCUGCAAUUAAUAAGCUGAUUCUGAGCCCUUGCUAGAGAAUAUUGACGCUUUAUGCUUUCUCAAUAAAAAUUCUCUAAUUCAUUGGCAAUAAAUAUUGAUUU